UCACAUAUCUCUCAUACAAAGAAACAACAACCCUCGGCAAAACUGUAAUCUCUCAUGAUCGUCCUUCUGAUCUCACAUUUUUCACCUGCAUAUUUCACCUCCUCUUCCUUCCUCUGUUUUAUAAACCAACACGAAACACAGAAGCCACCUGGUAAAAGCUAAACCCCCCGAAACCCCGGCAAAGCUGAUACAUUUGUUGUUUGUGAAAAUGUCUAGUAGAAAAUUGGACAAGUUAAAAUGGAAGGUGGAGGGCCACAGGAGGAGCCCCAGAUUAUCUGCUUUGGAAGCAUGUAAGGCUGAUCAGCUGCCGAGGCUUGUGGGUGCGACUGGUCCUACUGCGACUGCUAAUGCUGGUAGUCGUAUUUGUACACAGCAGCGGUUGAAGAGCCAGGUGGGGAAGGAUAAGGGACCUGCUUUCUGGACAAGGGACAGAAAGAAGAGAAAACUCAGACCUGUUGAUGAGGUAGCUGCCACUGCACCUUCUUCCCCACUGGAUCAGGGUCGAGUGGAAAAUGGCGAUGGUGGUCAUCAAACGAGUACUGAUCAACAGGUUGUGCAGGAUAAAGAUAGCCUAAAGCCUGGAGUUCAUGCUGCCUCUACUGAUCAACCAUCGACUGAAUCUGCAAAAUGGUUGCCGGAAAAACGAAUACUUGAGCUUAUCCUUGACAAAUUACAAAGGAAAGAUACCUAUGAGAUAUUUGCUGAACCAGUUGACCCGAAUGAGGUUGAGGGUUACUAUGAAAUCAUCGAAGAGCCUAUGGAUUUCGGGACCAUGAGGGCUAAACUUCAUGAAGGAAUGUAUAAGAAUCUUGAACAAUUUGAGCAUGAUGCAUUCUUAAUAACAGAAAAUGCAAUGCAUUUUAAUUCUACAGCUACCAUUUAUUUUAGACAGGCUCGUGCCAUUCACGAACUAGCGAAGAAGGUAUUUCAUGUUUUGAAAACCUCUCCCAACAACUUUGAACUAGAAUUCUCAGAAACAAGACAAAGAAGUGGUAGGAAAGCUCAAGGUGAAGCUGGCAGGAGAAGUCAAGUAAAGAUUGGGUGUUCCAGUUACAUUGAUGCAAGAGAGCACAGAGUUCUUUCUGGUAACAUGCAAACUAGAUGUACUCACGAUGGUAGAAGGUCUAGAUCGUUCGAAGGAGAUCCACGCAGCACAUAUAGACCUUGGACAUCCUUCCUUGAUGAGGAUGAGUCGACAAGUCUGACAGUAAUUAGUAAAUUAAAACAACUUGAGCAUGUGACUCAUCAAGACAUUGGUUACACUGAAAGCUUGAUGUUAUAUGUUAAAGAUUUAGGACCAACAGCUCAGAAGAUUGCUAGAAAGAAGUUACUUGGAUGUUCCGAAAUGCAUAAAAGUCAAGCUCCUUUGGCAUCCACCUCUUCCCAAUUGGCACCUAGUCCUCUGAGCAAUGUGUUUACUUCACCACCAAGUCAUAAUUUCCAGGACAAACUUAAUGAGCAUCCUUCAACUACGAAAAUCACUGGAAAAAAGGGAUCUUUAGGUGAUGAAAUGGGCAUCCAAGGUCCUACAGUUGGAGGGAAAGUCCAAUGCAAUGAAAUUCAUCCGAACUCUUCUUCCUUGAAAUCUCAUCAUGCUGGACUUGCAGACAACAGUUGCUCAGUUUCCGGCUUCAAAAACACAGGCAGCAACUCGACACCAAUGAUACUGAACCAAUGGAAGUCGGUUAAUCAAGCACAACCCUUGAAGCAGCCUUCAGAUUAUAGUUCUCAGUCAAAUUUCUUGGACCCAAGGUUGAGGAACAACAUGGGAUUUGCUAGUUUUAGCAAAACUAAGAACAAACUGAGUUCAUUGCAUUUGAGAGGAGAUGAUGAUCAGACAAACUCUGAGGCAACCCAAGCGUCGAAACCCGACCAAGGUAGGCCAAUGCUGGCUCAACAGUUCACAUUUGAUCUGCCAUAUUUGAGAGCCCAACUUGGUAGGAUAAAUUCUUCAGGACAAGAUAGAUUAAGCUUGCAGAAAGGUUCAGGUGCAGAGCUGAUGGUCUUCCCAGCCGAGAUAAAACUAUCAGAGAGAGAUGAGAAAUCAGCAGCUUUAUGGUGAUAACCAAAACCAAUCAUCAGUGGGUACUCGGUAGUCAGUAUACUGAUUUAGCUCUUCAGCUGUAACUUGUAAGAAAGCUAGUUAAAUUCUAAAAGUGAAAAAUCCCCUUUCUGGCACUAUUAUUAAUAAAAAGUCCUAAAGUUGCGAUUUAAUAGCAUCGCGGGUAUACAGACAUGAGCUUUGCCAAGUUGGCUAAAACUCUGUAUUUUUUCUCUA